ACCUGAGCAAAGAUUACUGAGGUGAGGUACAUCACCGGAUGAGGAUGCUGCUCUUGCCAGCGUUGGCCUGGACGGGACUUCGGGAAUCAUCUAAGCCAGCCUUUUGCUCUAAAGGAGAAUUAGUUUAACUGGAGAUAUUUAUUUAGACUAUUCACAAACUACCUACUGAAGGAGAUUUCAUCUCUUGCCAAGUCUUACGCAGCAAAAGGCGGAUGAAUGAUGAAUCACUUCAUGGUUCUGGCAGUGCUGCUCCCCCUGAGGAUUUGCUACACUACAUACUCACAGCAAGAAUCCAUUGUGUUUCCAGUAACGUACCUUAACAUUUCCAAGGAUUUGGCUCUUCAGCAGCUGCUGGUGGAAUGGGAUGUUGGCAAGUCAGCACAUGAUGCUGAGCUGGCAAUGUCUUUUGAAAUACAAGUCCGUCGAACAGAUGAAACUACUGCUGUGUGGACAGAGUUUCAUAACGUCACACUUGAUAAAUCAGGAAAACCUCUUCAUUGGAUAUGGGAUUCAGACUUACCUUUGGAGUGUAUGUCACACUCAGUGAGAAUCAGGAGCAAAGCCGAAGCAUCAAAAAUGUGGAGUCAGUGGAGUCUGUGGGAGACUGUCCCAGGCCUGGACACUUCAAAUAACAGUGGACCACAAAUCUUUCCCAAUGAAAAAAUUGUAGAGGAAGGCUCUGAUAUCACUUUUUGUUGCAUUGGAAGGAAAGGUCAAAUCAUUAAGGAAUUCUUUCUAGUCCCAGAUGUUCAUAUUUUCAAUCACACAAACGGUCACGUCGGAGUUCUUAUUGUGAAAAAUGUGGCACAUCAAGCGCCUGACAUCACUGCCUACUGUCGAGAGUCUUGCAAUGAAGGGCAAUGCUAUGAUAGUGCAGUUUUCUUUGUGGGUAAACCACCUGAUACACCUAAUGAUUUUUCCUGCCAAACUCAAGACAUGAGAAUAGUAACAUGUACUUGGAGCCAAGGAGGAGAAACCUAUCUUUAUGGACGUCAUUCACCAAAAUACACCUUGUCUGAAAAGUUUUCCCAAAAAACGGUUCCAUGCACAGUAAGUUGUUCUGAGCAGUGCUCGUGUUCUUGGGAUAUAGGCCAGCAGAGGAUCUGUAAUGUCACAGUGACUGUGGAAAACCCACUGGGAAAGAAAACUGCCACAGAUGUUUUUGAUGUAACUCACAGAAUUUAUCCUGCUGCACCUUUCCAGCUGUGGGAAGAAUGCACAGAUACAGAAAUCACAUUAUAUUGGAAACAUCGAAACAAAGGCAUUGAACUCUUUUGUCAGACUGAAGUGCUCCAACCCGAUGGGAAAGUAGAACUGCAUAAUGGUUCAGACACACAUCUCCAUUAUGCCAGCAUCACCCUGGGUGGACUGCAGCCAUACACUGAAUACACAGCUAGAGUACACUGUGGGGCAGCUAAGCAUUUCUGGAGGUGGAGUGAAUGGAGUGAAGCCCGAACCAUCAGAACAAAGGAAGCAACUCCAUCAGGGAAACUGGACAUCUGGAGAGAAAUUACACCAGUUCUGGGGGGGCAGAAUGUGACCUUGUUCUGGAAGCAAGCACCAAGUUUUCGAGCAAAUGGAAGAAUUAUUUCGUAUGAAGUAACCUGGGAAAAAGUAGAAAAUGGCUCUAAGCCUGAAAGCAUCUCCUUUUCAUCAGUCUACAAUAGCACAAGGAUUUCCAUUGAUAACCAUUCCUACAGAAUCAGUAUCAUGGCAAAGAACAAUGUUAAUUAUUCACUUCCUUCAGUAUUGAUCAUCCCUAGAGCUACAGGUAACAGUAAGAGUAUUUUCAGCACCGAAGAGCUUCAAGAAGAACAGGUUAAUGGUACAGAUGAUGGCAUUUUUAUUUCCUGGGAGCCCAGACAUAUAUAUGACGGUUACAUUAUCGAUUGGUGUAACUUUCCAAUGUUGCAGCCCUGUGAUUUGCAGUGGAAGAGAUUUGGGCCCAACACUUCCAGUGCUCUGAUCAACUCAGCUGCUUUUGUUCCGGGGGUGAGAUACGACUUCCACAUCUAUGGAUCUGUUGCUAACAGAGCCUCCUUACUGGAGAGGAAGACUGGUUAUCUCAGGGAGCUACCUCCUCUGCUUGACCCUACUGUGGAUAAAGUUGAACUGACUUUCAAUGCAGUAACACUAUCUUGGGAUUCUUAUCACACAAAUAAGUCACAGUCUGGUUUUGUAAGAGGCUACCAUGUUUAUGUGUCACCUAUACCAGAGGACUGCAGUUUGAAAGGAUCCACAAAACAUGUUCUUCCAGAUGAUUCAGUGGUAUGUAAAUACACUAUUGAGAACCCAGAAGAAAAGAGAUACACCGUGAAACACCUGUUGUCAAACACAGAAUACAAACUAGCGGUUAAAGCAUAUACAGGUGGAGGAGAGACUCCCAGUGUUGAGUUUAUACGCAUAAGUACACCGUUUAAAUCAAACAUGCUGUACGUUCUAGUCCUGCUAGUGAUAGUUCCAUCACUAGUAGCAGCUAUAUGCCGCUGGAAGAUGAAGUGGGUGAAGGAGUGUUGCUGUCCUGUAAUACCUAGUCCUAACAAAAGCAAAGUGCUGUCAUUUAAAGAAUUUAAGAUCGGUUCUGAGAACGUAUUGAAAAUAAGUGACUGCAUUCCUGACAUGCUAGCAGUGGACAAUAAGGCCAAAGCCCAGAAAUUACAUCCAUGGAGCCAGUUGUCUUCAAUGCCAAUAGAAGAUAAGAUUGAUGGUCACAAUUCUUCCUGGAUUUACCUUAAUGGAAACGAGGAGAAAGACUUUACACCCACACCUACACCUCAGACUCAUAUAUGGUUUGAAAAUUUUGCUUAUUCUUCUCAUCUUGAAGUUAAAUCUGAUCCCUACCGAAUACCGGAUACACUAGAAGCAAGCAAGCCAGAACUCUCAGUAGUGCUGUACGAGCCACGCUACUACUUUGAUAUUUUUAAUGAAGAUGAUGCUGCCUCAACACCCAGAGAAACAGCUGGCGGAAAGACCAGUCUGAGAUAUAUUUCACAAACAGAUGUGCACUGCCUAGGGAGGAGGCUUUGAUGUAUUCUCCUCCACUGAGCCCAUCCUGUAUUUGGUUACACAAUAUAAGCAAGAAUUUCUAAAACCACAACUUCUUUUGAUGAAGGCUUUCACAAGCCCAGCUGCCCUACUUCUGUCAGCGCUGCAAAGCUCUUGCUUCAGGACUAGUUUAAAAAUACUGACUUGUGCACAGGAAUCAUGUGUGCUAUGGUUUCAUCACAAGUUACGGGCAUUAUAUCAGAUUUACAGGCUGUAAAUCUUAUAUAAUACAGGCUGUAUUAUGUAGAAGGUUAGAUCACAGCAGUUUCUCAUAGCCUGAUGCAAAGAACUACUAUAUUUUGCAGAGAUUAAAAAUUUAUUCAGAAAGUAGAGGAGCAAGUUAAACAAGCAGGUAGGUGGUUGUGUUCAAGGAGUGUAUUAUUUCACUUGCAGUAUUCUGUGUGUGCUUACUAUAUGUGCUCUGGCCACCCCUGGCCAGUCUGUUUUGUGCAGCUGUGCAUGGACCAUUACUCAGCUUCAGAGUCUGCCUCAGCCCAGUACCAUUGGGCGGCAUGGGUUGUACUUUCUCUCUCUCAAAUGAUGUAAGGAGACAACAUGGAAGGGUUACCUGCAUUCAGCGUGGCACAUUACUGAAAGACUAGAAGGAACUCUGACUUCUCUAGGAGUACUACCCUGUGCACCAAAAUCCAAUGAUCAUCCUGCUUUUAUUUCACCUGUCUUCUAACUGCACUUGGUGGGUGAAAGAGCACGGAAAAGAGAUUUCUAUAGUACAGGCUCCUGUUUCUGGUAACUGGGGCUCCUCACACUUCUGCCUUCUCUGCCUGGAAGAAUGACCCUUUAAAAUCCUAAACAAAAUCCUCUUAACUAAAGAAAGAAAUGGGGGGAGUGAAGUGGAAAGGAACUGUUUUUCCAGCAGGGCAGCUGUUUGUAAAACAGAGGUGUUACCAUGGCACUGUCUCUCUGCCUGUGCACAUGAACUUAACUUCUUCUGGCAUGAGCCCCUGCACUUACGUAGCAAGCCCCAACCAACCAGGUAAGCAGACAUAGUAUUCAGAUGCAUAGGUGUCUGAAUCACAUUUGUGAAGGACAUCAUAUUCAGGCUGCAUAUCACUGCUUUUGCAUGUAUUAAAACAAACAAAAAAAUAUUGUAACACUCAGAAUCCCUACAGUAGGCAGCACUGAAUUCAGUCUUCCAUUUUGAUUUUGAAAAAUUGGACAUUUGUAAUGAAGCAGAGUAGUUGGAAUUGUAUCGGAAAGUCUCAUCAGAUUAAACCUCCUUUAGUGCACAAGGAACCCUUUGGUUUUGCCUAACUAUGAUGCUGUCUGGAAUCUGUCACAAAUAAAAGUGAACACAAUAAAGUGUUUUUUACAAUUUGA